GUUGACAAGCCUUGGCUCAGCGGCAAAAAAUCAAAGUCUCGAUUGGUUACAGACAUCAUUCCACUUAUUGGGCUUGCUGCAGGACUUGCGAUCGUUGCUGUUUAUGCGUAUACUGGCUGGGCCAAAUACGAUACUGCCAAGUUUUGCCCUGUCUGGACAGAAGACUUCUCCGGGGGUCUUGAUCCCAACGUCUGGCAGCGCGAGGUGCAGAUUGGAGGAUUCGGCAACGGUCAAUUUGAGUAUGCGACUGAUGAUGAGGCCAACAGUCACGUCAAGGAUGGCAUGCUCUACAUCACACCAACCGUUGGCGAACCUUGGGAGGAUGGCGCAACACUCAACUUGACCUCGCAGGGCAUCUGUACUGCCACUGGUGACUUGACCGACCUCGACAAGAAUUGUUAUGCUAUUCAAAAUGUAACAGGUGGCGAGUACAUCCCCGUCGUUCGCUCAGCACGUCUGACAACUCGCUUGAGCAAGUCGAUGAAAUAUGGAAAACUCGAAAUCCGUGCAAAGCUUCCUGUAGGCGACUGGAUCUGGCCUGCCAUCUGGAUGAUGCCAAAAGACUCUGUGUAUGGUGCUUGGCCUGCUUCUGGCGAAAUUGACAUUGUCGAAUCGCGCGGCAAUGGUCACGACUAUUUUGUCUACCAGGGUGAUCCUAAGGACAACAAGCGCUUCCCUGCAGGCAACAACGCCAUCGGAUCUACGCUGCAUUGGGGUGGUGACACGGCCAGCAACAAGUUCUACAUGACCACCAACGGUUACCACUACCCAUCGGCCAUCAAUGGCUUGACCGAUGCCUUUCACACGUAUGGUAUGGAAUGGACUCCUAACGGUAUUCGUAUCUACGUGGACAAACAACUCACUCGAGUCGUCUACUUUUCCUUCCCGAAGCAAGGGUUUUGGUCAUGGGGCAACUUUGCUACCAACAUUGUCAAUCCCUGGUUUGGAGGCACCAAGGCGUCACCGUUUGACCAAGAGUUUUACCUCAUCCUCAACGUUGCUAUCGGUGGCACAAAUGGAUAUUUUGCUGACAAUGUCAACGAAAAGCCUUGGACGAAUGGUCUGAAGCGUGGACAAGCGCUUAAUUCGUUCCAGAGGGCCAAUGAGACAUGGCUCCCUACGUGGAAGCAGCCAAGUCUGAUUGUAGACAGCGUCAAGAUGUGGGAAAUUUGU